AUGUCAGCAGAUAGCUUCCACCAAAAAGUUGAAAAAUGUAUGAAACAGAAACAGGAAGUGUCAGAAUUCAACGAUUUUUCAGAUGCUGUACGUAUGGCAGGAGGAAAAAAUGGUUUUGUUAAAGACAUGCAACAUGCAGCCUUUUACAAUUGGAUUGACCCCCAUUCUGUACAAAAAGUGAAGUCGCAGGUCCAUCUAUCCGAUAUUGUGCAGAUAGUUGCUGAGAGAGGCAAACUUACUCUCAAGUACAAAAGGUCUUACGAGCAAGAUUUUGAGCAACUUGAUUUUUUAAAGAAAAGCUCCAAAAAAAUUGUGACUGUUCAGCCAGAGGCCAUAAAGCAGCCAGCUGGAAUAGAUAGCCUUACAAGGGAUACUAUUAUUAAAAAGUUGGGUCCACUGAUGGCACAAAACAGACUGAACUUUUGGAAGAAUGUCCCUAUUGAAUAA